AUGCCGAUCCAGACCAAGGACAUCUCGGCCAUCCGCAACAAGCAGGUCCGCUCUGACCUGCACCAAAAGCGCAAAAAGGAGCAGCGGCAAGCCAAGCUCAAGCGCCGCAUCGCCAACAAGGAGGCAGAGGCUCGCGGCGAGCACGUCGAGAAGGGCAUCCCGCGCACGAUCGAGAACACGCGCGAGUGGCUCGGCGAUGAAGAUGGCGAGUACGCCGACCCGCGCACCCGACCCGCCCCGGUCACCGUCAACGACCAGACGGGCGACGUGACGGUCGACAUGGGCUCGCUCUCGAACCUGUUCCCGAUGGCGCCGCAGCCUCAGCCUACCCCGGCUGGCUUCCUCCCACCCGACGCCAAGGUCCUCAUCACGACGAGCCCGGGCAAGCCGCCGGCGCCGUUCACCAAGCAGUUCCUCGACGACCUCCAGGCCCUCCUCGGCGGCAAGAAGCGCGCAGACGUCGUCCCGAGGCGCAGCCCCAAGUUCGAGCUCGGCAGGGUCGCGCGGUGGGCGAGGAAGAGGGGAUACGGCGCCAUCAUGGUCGUCGGCGAGGAUCACGCCAAGCCGACUUCCCUCACCAUGUCGCUCCUUCCCUACGGCCCGACCUCUCACUUCCGCUUGUCCGGCAUCACGCUCUGCAAGGACAUCCCUGGCCACGCCUCGCCGACCUCGCACCCUCCCGAGCUUGUCCUCAACCACUUUGCGACGCCGCUCGGUCUCUCGCUCGCCACCCUCCUGUCCCAGCUCUUCCUCCCUCCCGGUCACGCCGAGGUCCUUCAGCGCCAAGGGUUCCAGGGCCGCCAGGUCGUCCUCGCGCAGAACUCGCGCGACUUCGUCUUUGUUCGCCGGUACCGCUACAUGUUUGCGCUCAAGAGCCACCGCCUCGGCAAGACCAAGAAGCAGACGGACGUGCCGCGCAUGACCGAGCCCAACCCGGAGCACGAGAUCGACGACACGAUCAAGACGCGGUUCCAGGAGAUCGGCCCCCAGUUCACGCUCAAGAUGCGGUGGAUCCGGCGCGGUCCGCUUGGCGAGACGGGCGACGAGCGCACGGCGAGGGAGAAGUUCGAGGCCGAGACGGGCGAGCAGGCGGCCGAGUUUGGCGAGCGCGCAUCUGCGGGUGCUGCUGCUGGGGUCCGAGGCGGCGACGACGACGACGACGAGAUGGACGAGGACGGCAUGGACGUUGACGGCGAGGUUGAGGUCGGCGGCCUGAGCGACGAGGAGGCGGACGAUGCCGAGGCCGAGGAGGAGGCUCGUCGCGCCAUCGGCCUCGACGAGUCGGACGCUGCCGGUCAGCCCAACUUCUCGUCGGCUUCGACAUCCGCCAACGCCGAGGCGUCGACGUCGGCGUCGACCUCGACCGCGCCCGCCGCCGCCGCCACCGACGAUGCCGACCCGGACGCGCCGACCUCGAACCCGAAGAAGCGCCCUCGCACGACGCCCCGCAUCCGCAAGAAGCCGUACCACGCCCUCCUGAACCCGCCGCCGUCCGACUCGCCGUCGCCCGAGCCGGAAGAGGUACCCCUCCCCACCAUCGGCAAGAAGAAGAACCCCGAGCUCCAGAGCGCCAUCGACACGGUCGGCAAGACGUGGCACGCGGGCAAGGGCGAGGGCGGUGUGCGCGAGGGCGCAAAGCGGCGAGAGUGGAACUGGGAGGCCAAGAUGCAGGUCUCGCGGCGCAAGUUCUUCCUCUGAGCUUGGCGCACACGUUUCUCGGCUCCUUCUCUCGCGGUCUUGUCCUCUGUACCCUGUCGUUCUCUGCAUCGCACCCCUCGUUCCUCCCC